GCGCGCGGUAGAGCGGGAGGGCGGGAGCUUGAAGGUUGGUCUAGGUCGGGUAAUCCACGGGAUUGGGAUUUGUAGCUUCCGCCCAAGAACUUUUGAAAGUGGCACUUUAUUAAUGCUAUGUUUGUACCCGAGAAAUGUCAUGACAAUACCUACAUUCUGCGAAUUGAAGCUCUUUUACAAAGAACUUUCAUACUCUUCCUUCCUGUACACUGUUUACUCGACUGGAAGUAUUUAAAACACAAAUCUGCACAAAGACGACUAAUUCAGUAUGCCGAGUUCUUGUCAAGAUAUCCGAGCUGCACUGGCACAAUGUCUCCAGGAGUCAGACUGUGUCAUGAUUUAUCGCAAUAAGCCUUCCGAUUGUCUGCGGGCUCCGCUUCUCGAAACCAUGCCUACCAAGUGUCAACAAUUGAAGACAGGCUACGGUGAAUGCAAACGAGGCUUAGUCGAUAUGCGCAAACGAUUCAGAGGCAAUCAACCAAUUUCUGUGAGCAAGGAGAUUGAGGGAGGGGGAGAGAGAAAUACCGGUGGACAUAUGCUCUAUGCUGGAAAGCCAGCCUUUGAAAGCGGGGUCAAAGAGACAAGCGGAAACGAACCCGAAGAGAAGGACUGGAGGCAGUUGGAGAACGAGAGGUACAGAAAGGAGUAAACAAACAAACACCCACUGUCAGCAAGGACCAUUGGGGUAUUGCGUUUUAUACCCGUUAAAAUUGGGGUUGCAUAUUGCAUUGGAAGGCGUUCAGGCAAUGUAUAUCAAAAGCAUUACACGGUCAAGGUUGAUUAUCAUAACGAAAUAGUAAGGAAAAUCCACUCAAGCCCACAAACGUCACUCA